AACCGCUCCAUCACUUGAUCAUCGCUUACUAUGGAUCUGUCCAUAUCCGUCACGGAUCUGCUACCAAUUGAUCUCCCGCUCAUGUCUCCGAGCCCUCAUUCUUAUCAGAACGCUCGCCAACAUUGGCGCACCGGCCGAUGUAUUGGGGAGACAAUACCAUAACCAUUGCUCGGCUGACAGGUGGCUGAAUGGUUAAAUAUGUGUAUGAAGCUUGCUCUUUUGCUGUUAUAGGACAGAGCCUGAGGACUGGGGAGGCCUAUGUUUAUUCUCGUAUGCGUUAGACGAAUGAUGCUUCGCAAGUGCACCGAGCCGGACAUACCUGUAUACCUUUCUUUAGCAGCAGAGGAGCGAAGCUUAGAUGAAUGGAACAAGAAAAAUCCGGGGUCUCGCGCAGUCUUUAAUGCGUUGCUGUUUCAGUCAGCAAGAUUGUUCAGAAACAAAAUCGGUUGGCUGGGUAUAAGCUUCACCGCUCCUGGCUGGUGGAAGUCGAGGCAUGUGGAUGGCUCCGCCUUCUUCAUAUUUGGUGUACACGGCAAUCUUCGAAGCCACCUGCAACUUCAAGCAUGCAAGUGCACGCGCCAAGAUCCAAACAAUCCAAUCGUCCUGUCAGCAGCCGCUGACAUCGCUGUUCACGACAGGCUCCGCCUCAAACACCACCAGCACACGCGGCCCAACUGUCCCAUGGGACUUAUCCAAGUGGAGACCCGGUGUAGCGUUGUCCGGUGUAAGAUGUUCGACGAGGCGACACUUGUCGCGUCCUAUCGAGACACUCGAAGCACCGACCUGAACACUUGUUUGGCAUGAUGACGCGGGAGGGCUGAGGCAGCUUGUGUUGUGUGGCGAUCGCUAGGCUGCUGUACGACCGAUGGUUCGAGAAGGGUUUAUACAAGGACGACGCCGGAGGGGCUU